AAAAGCAAAUGCAUCCUCUCUCCACAUGGAUCCUAAUUAAUGCCAUAUGCAAAGAUUAACUCAAGAUGGAUCAAGGACCUAAAUGUAAGAUCCAAAACUAUGAAACUUUUAGGAGAAAACAUAGGACAAAAACUCCACGACAUUGGACUUGGCAGUGAUUUCAUGGAUAUGACACCAAAGGCACAGGUAACAAGAAAUAAAAAUAGAGAAACCAGACUUCAUAAAAAUUUAAAAAUUUUGUACAUUGGAAGACACUAUGAAUAGAGUAAAAAGGCAGCUCGUAGAAGGGGAGAGGAUAUAUGCAAAUUGCUAUCAACCGGAAAAAAAAAAAACAGACGGCAGCAAAUAAAAGAAGAAUUUAUUUGGGGUCCUAAGAAUUGCAGUUUGGGAGACACAGAUUUGGGUAAAACCAAAAGAGCUUUCUGGGGAAAAGAAAGAGUCAGGGGCUUAUGAAAGAAAAGCCACAAAGCUGUGCUCUGACACAGAAAGAAGUGUUUGUCCUUCAGGAGUGGCUGUCCCAUAGGUGUCCCGAGUGUGUGGCAGGUGUCAUGGACGCCAUCGUCAGGACAGGAUGGAGUCACAGAGUCAGAUUCCAUCCCCGUCCUCAGUGGCCUUAUGGCUCCGUUUGAGAUACUCUCUGAGCAGCACCGACCCCAUUUUGAUUUUCCUUUCUCAUCGUAUAUCUGAUAGGGUUCAAUACCCAGAAUAUAUGGAGAACUCCUACAGCUCGGCAACAAGAAAACAAGCAACCUGAUCAAAAAAUGAGCAAAGAGCUUGAGUAGACAUUUCUGCAAAGAAGAUCCACAAAUGGCCAAUAAGCACAUGGAAGGAUGCUCAACACCACUAACCAGGGAACUGCAAAUUGAAACGACAGCAAGGGACUGCCUCACAUCCACUGGGAUUGCUGCUCUGAGAAAAACAAAGCAAAAACAAAACAGGAACAGCAGGUGUCGGGGAGGAUGUGAAGUGGAAAUGCUGGAGGAAUUGCUGGCUCAGGAAGCCUGUCUGUUGAUGCCUCGCUGUCUUCUGUGCAUGGCUUUGCCGUCAGGCGGUGAUGGCAGGAUGGCUGCAGGAGUUUCAGGAGUCAGAUCGGCUCCUGUCUGUCCCUGAGAAGUGAGGCAUCCUCGCGCAGACAUGACCUACCCUGUUACCUGUCGGUUCUCCAUAUGUAGCAGCUGUGUGGAAAACAGUCCGGCAGCUUCCUCCAAAACUUAAAAAUAGAAUUACCAUAUGAUCCAGCAACUCUUCUUCUGGGAAUCGACCCAAAAUAAUUGAACGCAGGGUCUCAGAGAGGUACUUGUACACCCACGAUCACAGCAGCAUUACUCAUGGCAGCUAAAGUGGUGGAGCAACCCAAGUGCUGGUCAGUCCGUGGAUGAGUGGAUGAGCAAAAUACGGUGUGUACACACAUCGGAGCAGUAGUGAGGCCUGAAGAGGAAGGAAGGCCUGGCCCCAGCUACAGCGGGAAUGACCCUGGAGGACGUCACGCUCAGUGACAUAAGCCAGUCACAAAAGGACAAAUACUGUGUGAUCCACUUAUGUGAGGUCCCAGGAGGAGCCAGAUUCAUAUUGACAGGAAAACGGGGGUUGCCAGGGCCUGGAGAAGGAGGAGUUAGUGUAUAAUGGGGCAGUGUUUCAGUUUUACAAGAUGAAAAGAAUUCUGGAGAUGGAUGGUGGUAAUGGUUGCACAUUAUGAAUGUAUUUUAUACCACUGGACCAUAAACUUAAAUAUGGUUGAAAUGGUGAAUUUUAUGUGUAUUUUAACACCGUGAAGAAAUGGAAAAGAAAUCUUAUCUGUAAAUGCAAGAUGGCACCAUGGGUCGGAUCCCGGAACUGAAAAAGGGUAUUAGUGGAAAACCUGGUGAAACACCCGAACGCUUGGCGUUUGGUUGCUAGUGAUGUGUCCGCGGUGGAUUCUUGGACUCAAGGAGGGGGUGAAGACGGAGAAUGACCACAUCAACCUGAAGGUGGCCGGGCAGGACGGCUCCGUUGUCCAGUUCAAGAUCAAGAGGCACACGCCGCUGAGCAAGCUCAUGAAGGCCUACUGCGAGCGCCAGGGCUUGUCGAUGAGACAGAUUCGAUUCAGGUUUGAUGGACAACCAAUUAACGAAACAGACACCCCGGCACAGUUGGAGAUGGAGGACGAAGACACCAUUGACGUGUUCCAGCAGCAGACGGGGGGCUCCAGGGGGACCGGCUGCCUCUCCGAGUGCGGCCUGUAGAGGGACCGUCCCCUUGUGUCACCGAGCUCAUCUUUGCCAUUGGAUAGUGCACGCGUGACCAUGCCAAUCGCCAAGGAGGCUGUGGACACCUGAGGACAUUCACCAAAAUGACUUUCCUCUCUGACAUCCGGAGGGACGCAGCUCAGAACGGCGAGGACACGUCCUGGCCUCUCUCGCCCAUCCCAGUUCAUCCCUCUGCUGGGGUGAAAGGCAUUGGGAGGGUUUUUGGUUUUGAUUUUACUUCUGUUUGUUUUUUCUUCUCUCCUGUAGCAUUUCCCUCAAACUUGUGGCUGAAUGUCCGCUUUUCAUCUAGACGGGGCUCUCACCCCAGGUGCCCCCACCAGCUCAUUCCAAUCAUGUAGAGAACUCCUGUCACCACAGUGGGGAUGCUUCUGUGGGGCGAGUUUGCAGGGCACGAUUGGGAUGGGAGAUGAACUCCCACUUCCAUUUCUUGUGGGCACAGGUUUUGUCAAUGCUAAACAUUGCAGAUUUAAGCUUUGUCAGAGUAUAGUGAAGUUGAAGGGAAAAUCCUGGAAUGUUUCCUAAAAUAAAAGGUAAGAAGUUCUUCAGUAACAUGUUCCCCAGGUGGGGUCUGGGGUCCAGGACUUGUCACCACCCACGGCCUGGCCCAGUGACGCUGCACUGGAAAAACCUGGUGCAGCGAAAAUUGGCUUUUCCCCUUUUCUUACUGUAGAAGAAAGAAGUUCUUACAUGUCUCACCUGGAAGUAGCACCAGGGCCUCAGAUUCCUUCUAGCAUUUGCUUCUGAUGAAUGACGACGGUCUGUUUAUAAAAAAGUCAGAUUAAGCAUUGCUGAUUUGCAGUUACCUUUUUGUGUAAAGGAGCAAUUUCAAAGUGUGGUUACAGGCGAAGCUGGUGAGAGAUGACCUGUGUCCUCACGGACUCUGCCCUGCUCUCCAGGUUGGUGUGCAGCUUCCACAUCAGUGUGUGAUUUCAGUUCUGUGAAGCGUUUUGGGGUCUGUCCCGAUGAAACUUUGGUAGUUGUCCUGUUGUCCUUCUGUGUGGACACACUGCUGCCCGAGGGCCCUUCUCUGCCUGUCCUGCCCCCUGGAGAGCUCGACACCACCGUCGUCUCUUGCUUGCCUGAGACCUUGCUGAAGAUGUUUGUGUCUUUGUAUUUUGCUGUCGGGGCACCCGUGGGAUGUCUGCUGGCUCUGUUGUGUUUAUGCACCAGCUUGUACAUUCUUUGUUGUCCUUUACUACUGUAAACAGUAAAUAUAGUUUGGUAUUCUGUC